UUAGAGGAUCGAGUUAGAGGACCAAAGGGGCCUGAAGAGAAGAAAGAUUGUGAAGUUGUGAUGAUGAUUGGCUUGCCAGGAGCUGGAAAAACUACCUGGGUUACUAAACAUGCAGCAGAAAAUCCAGGGAAAUAUAACAUUCUUGGCACAAAUACUAUUAUGGAUAAGAUGAUGGUGGCAGGUUUUAAGAAGCAAAUGGCAGAUACUGGAAAACUGAACACACUGUUGCAGAGAGCCCCCCAGUGUCUUGGGAAAUUUAUUGAGAUUGCUGCCCGAAAGAAGCGAAAUUUUAUUCUGGAUCAGACAAAUGUGUCUGCUGCUGCCCAGAGGAGAAAAAUGUGCCUGUUUGCAGGCUUCCAGCGAAAAGCUGUUGUAGUUUGCCCAAAAGAUGAAGACUAUAAGCAAAGAACACAGAAGAAAGCAGAAGUAGAGGGGAAAGACCUACCAGAACAUGCGGUCCUCAAAAUGAAAGGAAACUUUACCCUCCCAGAGGUAGCUGAGUGCUUUGAUGAAAUAACCUAUGUUGAACUUCAGAAGGAAGAAGCCCAAAAACUCUUGGAGCAAUAUAAGGAAGAAAGCAAAAAGGCUCUUCCACCAGAAAAGAAACAGAACACUGGCUCAAAGAAAAGCAAUAAAAAUAAGAGUGGCAAGAACCAGUUUAACAGAGGUGGUGGCCAUAGAGGACGUGGAGGAUUCAAUAUGCGUGGUGGAAAUUUCAGAGGAGGAGCCCCUGGGAAUCGUG